UUUCUUUCAGCCACAUGCCUCAGUACCUAGGGAUGGCGCAGACUGCCCCUUUGACAACUCAGUAAUGACUCAAGGUAAUGUACCUAUCCUUCGAUCAAGGAGAAGAUAUCAAAGAAAGUCGGUUCAACUGGAACAGUCACUCGAAAACGAUUGCUUUAUCAAGAAUGAACAAAAUCUAUCAUCCAUCAAUAGCCAGGAAGCUCCAAUAAAACCACUGUUAUACAGUUUGUCCGAGAUGCCUCUAUAUCAAGCAAGGCACCUGAGUUGGUUCCUCACCACAUUUCGCUAUUCCGUAACGCCUAAGAGGAAACUUAAAUCCACCAAGGUGAGUGAAAUAGAAGAUAUCUACACAAGCUGCAAAACAGUAGGUAUCACUAUUAAGUAAGUAUAAAUCCAAUAUCCCUUCAGCAAUAACUUCCUACACACACACACACACACACCACAACAACAACAAACCAUGUCCACAAGCGACCCCCCCACCUACGACUGGGACUCCCUCCUCCUAAAUAUAAACUGGACCAACGUAAACUGGCGCACCAUCCUCCCGCACAACAUAUCCUCCCAGCUCCCAUGGGAACAGCUGCAAGACUCCACCCUCGAGCACCUCGCGCUCCUCCACGACGACUACGACCGGAAGCACAAGCUGUACCCGAAAGAGGAAACAACAUGGUUCCGGCCGAGCCCAGCGAUGGAAGAGCUCGAGCGCCGCUACGUGCGCGAGCUGGUGCACCCGAUGUUCAUGGCGGAGCAGCAGGACGUGCGGGACUGGAUCUGCGACCGCGACCGCUUCGAAGACGGGCGGAAGUGGCAGCCCGUGGCGCCGGCGGAGGAGGACUGGGUGCGCGAUGAGGAGACGGUCAAGAAUCCGUUUCUGACUCUGGGCUUCGAGCUCGAGUUGCCGAUCGCGGUGUACAGACGUACGCGGGACGGGAUCCCGGACCCGCAUCCCGAGGAGAAGAGGUGGCUUGCGGAUAUCAGCGAUGAGAAAGGGGACCCGGACCUGUCGCAUGUGCGGAAGGUCGUGGUGGAUCGGGUGUUGACGACGCUGAAUGAGGACACGGGCAUGCGGUUCAUCCCGCUGAACCCGGAGGGGAAAUACACCGAAAUCAACCGCGACAGACGCGCCGUGGUCCUCCCGCACAUGAACCUGCGCUACGGCGCCUUCACCGUGUACGCCAUGGCGCCUCAAGCCUUCGCCACGCCGCCGCGGAGAGAAUACGCGGACGCGCCGCGCAACGAGUUCGAUCCGUACCAUUGGGAGGUGAUCAAGAUCGCGUCGCCGGUGCUGGGGAUCGAGUCCGCGCGGGAGAUCCUGACGGCGCUGUACCGGAUCUGCCGCGUGAUGCGGAACAACUUCCGCGUGCACCGGGACAUGCCGUCGAUUCCCGUGACGACACAGGUCAGCGUGUCGAGCCGCGCGGGCAUCGACCUCAUCGACAUCAAGCGCUUCGUCUCGCUCGUCGCUAUCCUCCGCGACGAGGGCUUCGACCAGCUCAACCGCGCGCACCGCAGCUCGCGCAAAUACGACGACGUCUGUGGCGCUAUCACGCGCGUGUCACGUCUCGGCGGGCUUUCUGACGCGGAUCCCCUCGGUAUCUACGCCGCGGACGAUACGAUCCUCCCGCAGCCGCCGGACGACGAGCGCGCGAUGCGGGUGAGUGAGAUGGAGCGGAAUCUGCCGAAAGAGUGGAUCCCCGCGCUCCAGGGGGAGGGGAAGCUGUCGGAUCGUAUUUUCUUCGUCGGGUUGUGGUGCUACGCGAACGUCACGGAUAUCGCACGAGCACUUGGCACGUCGCUUAUCUCGAGGAAAGCGGAGGUUAUGGUGAAGGUUACGGGAGACGGCGUGAGGUCGAAUCCCAUAGACCCGAAGUGGACGGGGAAGUUUUCCCAGGACGAGCUCUACUUCGAUGUCGUCGAUAGCCAUCGCGGUGUUCUCGAGUUCCGUCAGUGUGGAGGGACUUUGGACCCUCUUCACAUUCUGUGCUGGAUGGCUACUUGCUGCUGUGUGGUAAACGCGGCUAAGUUUACUGACGAGGCGAAGUUCAAGGGUCUCUUGACCCGGAUCCUCAGUGGUGAAGAAAGUGUUAUGGAUGCCCUUCAGAUAGACCCUGCCGUUCAGGAUUGGUACGAGAAGAAUUUCGACGGGCGUAAAGGAUUCUUUGAACCUCCUGGUUCGGAGGUAAAGUGGGCAGACCCUUUCUACCCACCUAUGCCCUAGAUACCUAUAUUAGAGGUCGUAUUUGUCGUAGUAGGUAAGUAUUGUGUUGCCAAACCCUUAUUGUCUACUAGGUAGGUUGGUAGAAUCCAUGAUCCCUUGAUUAAACAUAUGAUACGUGCAGAUAGAUUAAAUAUUGCAAGAACCGAUUUUUCCGUUAUGAUGAGAUAAGUCCUUAAAAGAACCUAGUACCUAUAUUCGUGAAUGGUCUGUCGAUGUAAUUCAGAGCAAUCGUUUCUGCCGGCGA